AUGGAUGGUACUGAUUUACUAAAAAUUUCUUGGAUACCUGUAGGCUUUCCGCUGACUGGCAAAGGUUAUGCUGCUAAGAUUUGUGUUCACGGUUUUUUUUCUCACUACGAUGAUUUCGCGUUAAAGGCUAAGCAGUUAUGUGUAAUGUUGACUGAUUACGAACAAAUAUAUUAUGAGAUAUGUGAUUUAACGAAGAAGUUUACAUCGCUGAAUGCUAAAUUAAGUGGUCCAGAGGAAAUGUUACUUGACAAAGUUCGUUCUAUUUUCGAGUCUUCGACGACUGAAGUUUUAAAUGAAAAUAGACAAGAAAAUAAGUUGGAAUUUGAUCUGAAAUCGCCUUUUGGAAAGCGAAUUUUGAGAUGGCAUUUUUAUGGGCAGCUGAUGGAAGAUUGUCAAAAUGCUGUUUUUUUGCAUAUUACGCGACCACUAUUAAACAUGCUAUCCGUACUAGUGGAAGACUGUGAUCUAAGUUCACUCAAUGUUGCACGAUCAUUCAAAGGUUUCAACAACCUCUUUGGGAAACCUGCUGUGCAAAAAUUCUAUGAAGCAGUGGCGGUGAAAUCUUGUGCAGAAAAAAGCAAUGAGAACGAUUAUUCUGUUGAGGAUAAAAAUAAAUACAAUGAUGAUGAUAAUGCUUCUUUACCAGCAACACCACCCCCUCUUUUAAAUACUGAAAUAACUAUUGUAAAUGAUGAGGAAAAAGAAUGUCCGAAAAAACAGUCACCACUGAAGAAAAGAAAAUUAAAAUUCUGA